AACACACUGGAAGAAGAACACACGCAAAACUUUGCUGAUUCAUAAACACUUCGUUGUAAUUAAUUAGUUUAUUUACGACGUACGUAUUACAUAGUCAUUUCUCAUUCUUUCCUGCGCUGUUUACAGCGAUGAUAGUGUUGUGAUAUUUCAUCAUGCGUCAAUAUAUUUUUGUAGUUUUAUUUGUUCAAUGUUUUAUUAAUUUUUGUGUUGGAGAACUUUCUUUGGAGAAGAAAGAAAAAUAUUUGGGUGGGUUUAUAGACUACUUGAAUAGUUUGCCUGACCAAGCUUAUUCUUAUGAAGAUGGAGUAAUUAUAAACGCUGAAGAAUUGGCCGAAAAUGUGAAGAUCGAAGCGAGAAUCAAGGCGAACGAUCUGCGUAACCUCGACACCUUCAAGUACGUCAGGUGUUCUGGCACUGUGCGAGAAACCGGCGAGAAUGAGGUCAUCGUUGACGCGUACGAGUGCCACGAUGACGCUGACGCUGCUCAAACGACUGACGAGGCUGUCUCAGAGGUGACCAGCGAGACACCCCUGGAGCAUGAACCCGUGAAACUGGACAACGAAGUGCAGACGGACACCGCUGUAACCUCAGGAGAACAGUUCAUCGCGGUGCCCAGCGGUCAGGCGUCCGCGCCUUGCAUCGGGUGCGCUUCCUUCGUGAACCCCGACGCAGCUGGCGUGCCGGAGUUGGCGUCUCUCGGAGUGACGCAACUCAACGCGCACGAACCAGGUGUCACGCACGCGCUCAGCAAGGUCGUGAGCGUUGAGAGACAAGUUCAGGUGGUCAAUGGUGUUCGAUACAUUCUUACCCUUUUGAUUGACUACAAUAGCUGUUCCAUCGCCCAAACAGAAACAUGUGUAGUUACAAAACCUUGUAAGAUAUCAGUGUUAGAAAAGCCCUGGGUGAAAUUACCAGAUGGAUCCAAGUACAGGGCGGUGGUAUCUAACAACUGUACCAAUGACUGGAUCUUCAGAGAACAUGAGCGUGAUAACUCAUCUAAAAACGACAAUGACAAUGACAAUACAGGAGCAAUUGAUGAAAUGGUACAUUUCGUCCAUAAUAAAGAAGUACACUCACAACCAGGUCUCGUUAAGGAUUUAACUGAUGAGGACGUAAAAAAAAUACAAGAACAAAUUAUUCCUCAUGAUCAUUUUAUGACAUCACUGUCCAAUCCAAAUGAAAAAACAGUGACUAAUGAAGAUAGCUACACAAAAUCUUUUACCCACCAGCAAACUUCUGGUAUCAAACCAAGUAAAGAUGUUGGAGUUCUUUCAAAUGACAUAACCGAUCCAGACAACAAAUUUGUGUUACCGUCAGAUAAGCAGAAAACCAUAGAUGAUUUGAUUAAUUUUUUUGACUUUUCUAGUUAUAAUCCUAGACCCGAAGAAGAUUUAAGAACACAUCGCAUAAAAAGAAGCUACUCUAAUGAAUUAAAAAUGUUAAAUCUAGCCGAAAAAUUCAGUGAAAUGAAAAAAAGUAUUAAGAAUACUAAACAUUUGUACACUCUAGCACAAGCGAUGGUAGACUAUUUGAACGAAAUAGAUAUAGAAAUAAAGAAUCGUGUUUUGAAAAAUGUGUUGUCUGCAGAGGAAGAAUCUGAUAUAAAACAACAUUUCUACUAUUUACAAGCACUUGUAGAACUUCCAUGCAAAAAGAAAGAAUGUGACAGUAACGACAAAUUGAUUAAAAUUUGCAACGGUGUUAUAGAUAGCACUGAUGAAAGUAGUCCGCAAGUUUUAAGCGUAUUUUGUUAUGAUAAAAAAAAUAAUGAAAGUAAUUGGGGGAAAAUACACCAAGUGCCAGUCAAUGACCCAAUACUACAUAAACUAGCAAUAAGUGCAUUGAAAAAGAUUGAAACUGAAUCCCCGGACGAAAAUGCAUUGAAAUUAUUGAAAAUUAUGAACGGCAAUACUCAGAAAUUACAUGGAAUAUUAACUAAAAUAGUAGUAUUGAUAGGAUAUACAAAAUGUAAAAAAAGUGAACCAUUUUCUAAAAGAGGCAACUGUACAGUUGACCGUGAUUUGGGAUCAAAAAUAUGUGACAUUGAAAUCUUACAAAGAAAAUGGCUGAAAGAAAAUAAAAUUACGUAUGUUUGUACUGAAAGACCAGCAAGCGAAAGUUUCGUUGAUACUAAAAAAGUACAUAAAAAUGUUAAUGAUAGAAGCAUACAAGAAAUGGUACAGGAAGCUUUGCAGGUUUUAGAAGUUCAGUCAAACAAAAAUAAUAAACAAAAAGUUGUAGAAAUAAGGUCAGCAUCGACACAACUCGUAGCGGGGCUUUUGACUAAUAUAGAAUUUAUUGUAGGAUAUACAACAUGUUCCAAUGAGUUUGAAGUGGAUGACGAAAGUUGCAAGUUAAUUGAAUCUGAACCGCUUCGUUUAUGUCACGCUCAAGUUUGGCACAGACCUUGGUUAGAAGAUGGAAGACAAAUGAAUGUUACAUGUAACAACACUAACAAGAACCCUGUUGAAGAUGAUCUUCUUGACCAAGAAUUGAAUGAGUCAUUUAGAAAUAAAAGAUGUCUGAACUCGAACUUCGUUAAUGGUGGUUUUAAAAUUCCAAGUCGUCGAGAGAAAAGGCAAGUUCCAGGUGGACUUACAGAAAACGAUCCUAGUGACCCCCGUUACUUAGCGCUGGCAGAAGAAUCGCUUCAAAAGUAUGUGCAAACUUCAGGAAGCACACAGUCGCAUUCAGUUGCGAAGGUGGACAAAGUUACAACACAAGUGGUGGCUGGAACUAUGACAAGAAUUGACUUUACCGUAAAUGUUGGUGGUUCAGAUAACAUAAAGUGCCAUUCUGAGGUGUGGGAACAGUCUUGGCUCAAUAAAAAAGAAAUUAACGUGACGUGUGACGUAAAUAACCAGGCUCGAAGAGAGAAAAGGCAGAUUGCAGGUGGACGUACGGAAAAAGAUCCUAGUGACCCCCGUUACUUAGCGCUGGCAGAAGAAUCGCUUCAAAAGUAUGUGCAAACUUCAGGAAGCACACAGUCGCAUUCAGUUGCGAAGGUGGACAAAGUUACAACACAAGUGGUGGCUGGAACUAUGACAAGAAUUGACUUUACCGUAAAUGUUGGUGGUUCAGAUAACAUAAAGUGCCAUUCUGAGGUGUGGGAACAGUCUUGGCUCAAUAAAAAAGAAAUUAACGUGACGUGUGACGUAAAUAACCAGGCUCGAAGAGAGAAAAGGCAGAUUGCAGGUGGACGUACGGAAAAAGAUCCUAGUGACCCCCGUUACUUAGCGCUGGCAGAAGAAUCGCUUCAAAAGUAUGUGCAAACUUCAGGAAGCACACAGUCGCAUUCAGUUGCGAAGGUGGACAAAGUUACAACACAAGUGGUGGCUGGAACUAUGACAAGAAUUGACUUUACCGUAAAUGUUGGUGGUUCAGAUAACAUAAAGUGCCAUUCUGAGGUGUGGGAACAGUCUUGGCUCAAUAAAAAAGAAAUUAACGUGACGUGUGACGUAAAUAACCAGGCUCGAAGAGAGAAAAGGCAGAUUGCAGGUGGACGUACGGAAAAAGAUCCUAGUGACCCCCGUUACUUAGCGCUGGCAGAAGAAUCGCUUCAAAAGUAUGUGCAAACUUCAGGAAGCACACAGUCGCAUUCAGUUGCGAAGGUGGACAAAGUUACAACACAAGUGGUGGCUGGAACUAUGACAAGAAUUGACUUUACCGUAAAUGUUGGUGGUUCAGAUAACAUAAAGUGCCAUUCUGAGGUGUGGGAACAGUCUUGGCUCAAUAAAAAAGAAAUUAACGUGACGUGUGACGUAAAUAACCAGGCUCGAAGAGAGAAAAGGCAGAUUGCAGGUGGACGUACGGAAAAAGAUCCUAGUGACCCCCGUUACUUAGCGCUGGCAGAAGAAUCGCUUCAAAAGUAUGUGCAAACUUCAGGAAGCACACAGUCGCAUUCAGUUGCGAAGGUGGACAAAGUUACAACACAAGUGGUGGCUGGAACUAUGACAAGAAUUGACUUUACCGUAAAUGUUGGUGGUUCAGAUAACAUAAAGUGCCAUUCUGAGGUGUGGGAACAGUCUUGGCUCAAUAAAAAAGAAAUUAACGUGACGUGUGACGUAAAUAACCAGGCUCGAAGAGAGAAAAGGCAGAUUGCAGGUGGACGUACGGAAAAAGAUCCUAGUGACCCCCGUUACUUAGCGCUGGCAGAAGAAUCGCUUCAAAAGUAUGUGCAAACUUCAGGAAGCACACAGUCGCAUUCAGUUGCGAAGGUGGACAAAGUUACAACACAAGUGGUGGCUGGAACUAUGACAAGAAUUGACUUUACCGUAAAUGUUGGUGGUUCAGAUAACAUAAAGUGCCAUUCUGAGGUGUGGGAACAGUCUUGGCUCAAUAAAAAAGAAAUUAACGUGACGUGUGACGUAAAUAACCAGGCUCGAAGAGAGAAAAGGCAGAUUGCAGGUGGACGUACGGAAAAAGAUCCUAGUGACCCCCGUUACUUAGCGCUGGCAGAAGAAUCGCUUCAAAAGUAUGUGCAAACUUCAGGAAGCACACAGUCGCAUUCAGUUGCGAAGGUGGACAAAGUUACAACACAAGUGGUGGCUGGAACUAUGACAAGAAUUGACUUUACCGUAAAUGUUGGUGGUUCAGAUAACAUAAAGUGCCAUUCUGAGGUGUGGGAACAGUCUUGGCUCAAUAAAAAAGAAAUUAACGUGACGUGUGACGUAAAUAACCAGGCUCGAAGAGAGAAAAGGCAGAUUGCAGGUGGACGUACGGAAAAAGAUCCUAGUGACCCCCGUUACUUAGCGCUGGCAGAAGAAUCGCUUCAAAAGUAUGUGCAAACUUCAGGAAGCACACAGUCGCAUUCAGUUGCGAAGGUGGACAAAGUUACAACACAAGUGGUGGCUGGAACUAUGACAAGAAUUGACUUUACCGUAAAUGUUGGUGGUUCAGAUAACAUAAAGUGCCAUUCUGAGGUGUGGGAACAGUCUUGGCUCAAUAAAAAAGAAAUUAACGUGACGUGUGACGUAAAUAACCAGGCUCGAAGAGAGAAAAGGCAGAUUGCAGGUGGACGUACGGAAAAAGAUCCUAGUGACCCCCGUUACUUAGCGCUGGCAGAAGAAUCGCUUCAAAAGUAUGUGCAAACUUCAGGAAGCACACAGUCGCAUUCAGUUGCGAAGGUGGACAAAGUUACAACACAAGUGGUGGCUGGAACUAUGACAAGAAUUGACUUUACCGUAAAUGUUGGUGGUUCAGAUAACAUAAAGUGCCAUUCUGAGGUGUGGGAACAGUCUUGGCUCAAUAAAAAAGAAAUUAACGUGACGUGUGACGUAAAUAACCAGGCUCGAAGAGAGAAAAGGCAGAUUGCAGGUGGACGUACGGAAAAAGAUCCUAGUGACCCCCGUUACUUAGCGCUGGCAGAAGAAUCGCUUCAAAAGUAUGUGCAAACUUCAGGAAGCACACAGUCGCAUUCAGUUGCGAAGGUGGACAAAGUUACAACACAAGUGGUGGCUGGAACUAUGACAAGAAUUGACUUUACCGUAAAUGCUGGUGGUUCAGAUAACAUAAAGUGCCAUUCUGAGGUGUGGGAACAGUCUUGGCUCAAUAAAAAAGAAAUUAACGUGACAUGUCAAACAGAGAACCAAAAUCGACGAAAAAAAAGGCAAAGCGACGACGAUGAUAGAAUAUCUGGUGGUCCUAUUGAUCAAGAUCAUAGUCUUCCCGAAUACACUGUUCUAGCAGAGCAAUGUUUACGGGUAUAUUUAGGAAAUAUGAACAUUACCCAGCAUCACAAAGUUGUCGAAGUAAAAGAAGUGACCACACAACCCGUUGCUGGAAUUAUGACCAGGUUAGUCUUUGUGGUUUCACCAACUAAUUGUCUUAUCAACAGUGAAGGUUUUCCGACUUCGGAUUCAUGUAAGAUUAUAGAUAAAACAGAUGUUAAACGUUGUUUUGCGAAAGUUUGGGAUAAGCCAUGGAAAAAACUACGAACUAUUUCUGUAGAUUGUAAAUUUUCAAGAAGAAAAAGAGAAAUUUUGUCUCGCAAAUAUAAAAGUCAAGGAUUGGGGUCUGAAGUUGAACAGGAUGCAAGCAAAUCGGAAUACAGAGAUCUUGCAGAGGAAUCUUUACGAAAAUAUCAAAGUCUACAAAAAUCUGAAGCUGUCCAUAAGGUUAUAGAAGUAAAACGAGUAGUUUCUAAAUUAGUUUCUGGCACAAUUUACAAGAUUGACUAUACUGCAAAAUCGGAGUGUUCAAAAAAUGCCUUAAAUGCAUCUUUUUGUACUAUAUCACUUGAUGACGACAUACUUUAUUGCCAUGCUAAAAUUUGGAACCGUCCUUGGUUAAAACGAAAAGACAUAACAGUUGAUUGUAAUAGCGACUCAAAUAACGAUGAAGAUUCAAGUAACGAAAAAGGAGUUGGAAAGCCCAGUUCAAAACAUGGGCUUUUAGGAGGAAUAGUACAACAAGAUGUAACUGCAGAAAGAUUUAAAACCAUCGCCAGCGCAGCCACACGGAAAUUCGAAAGAUCGGGAAAGACUCAAUAUAUUCAUAAAGUCGUAAAAAUUGAUGAAGCCACUGAACAAAUUAAAGAUGGAACUUAUGUUGUAAUAAAGUUUACAAUAUCUCCUACAACUUGUUUGGUUGCAGAAACAAAUAUUAAAAUUGAUAAAUGUCCUACCCAAGACCCAAUAUCAACGCUGCGGUGUAUAGCUCGUGUAACAAAGCGCGUUAAUUUUGAUUUAGAUGAUGAUGACAAUACGCAUGUGACUUGCAAACAGAUAAAAGCUAAAGAAAGUAAAGGCCGUCAAAAGCGUUUCAUUGACGUAAGGGAAAAACGACAAAAUAAAAUUUAUGAUGACGAGAUAGACGAAGAAACUAAAUAUUACUAUGCAGACAAGGCGAUACAGUAUUUAAAUGACCAUUCAAACACCCAUAAUAUGCAGAAAUUAUUAACAAUCCACUCUGUACAAAACAGUAUGCAUAUGAGAGUUCCAAUGGUGCGAAUGUUCCUAGAAACAGCUUAUACUUAUUGCUUACGGGAUGAGGACGAAAAAGAUCUACAUCAAUGUGACGAAUUAGAUGGCAUGGGCCACCGGCUGUGCCUUGCAAAAUUGUUUCCCGCUGCCGAGGACGAGUUGAUCAUUCAUGAUGUUCAUGUCGUGUGCGAAGAUGACCCAGAUUUCUUACGAGUUACUGGUUUAGCUAUUGCAGAUCUUGUUACUAUAUCUCUGAUGAAAUUGGAAAAAUCUCCAAAUAUCAAAUAUAAACUUGUUCACCAAGGAGAGCCUAACGUAGUUCCGAGUCUGAAUCUUAAAAUACCAGUCAAACUGAAUUUUAUAGUAGCUUCUACGAAUUGUUCUAAGGAAGUAGACCCUAAGAGAGACAAUGUUGCUUGUUUCCUAGACACUACUAGACCUGCAAAAUCUUGUAUGUCUUACAUAUGGUUAGUACCUAACAGCAGAAAAAUAUCGCGUCUCGAAGUUACUUGUGAUCAGACCAGUCGUACAAAGAGAUCACUUGCCAAUAACACGUUAUCCCUGGAUACUAAUGGAGCCCAUAUAAAACAGUUAGUGCAAGAAUCUUUAGAAAAACUAGAAAUGUCUUCCCUUCAUAGGUACAAACAACGCGUAUUACAAAUCAACAGUUAUACUACUAAGAUAACCACAGGAAAAGUGACCACAAUUGAUUUCGAUGUCGGGUACACAAACUGUCUGAAAUAUGAAUGGAUCGACAACAUAACUAGCUGUGCCUUUUUGGAACAUUUGCCACGACGACACUGUGUGUCGCUAGUUUGGGAGAGGUUGUGGAUACAAAACGGUAGAAACAUCGAAGUGAAUUGUGAAGAUGACGAGACCCCGUUAGAGUCUCGUAUAGAGUUUGAGAGCGCGGAGACUGCAAUGCAGCUUGCCAAGCAAUCUUUAAAGCACAUCGAGGCGAAGUAUCCGCACCCAAAAAAACAGCAGGUUGUAAGAAUUUUCUCUCUGGAAAAACAAGCUGUUGCCGGCAUACACUAUAGAAUGAAACUCGAAGUUGGGUUCACGAACUGUUCAGCGCUUUCUUUUGAACGGGAUUGCGCGGUUACAAGCGAUGGUAAUAUUAACCGUUAUUGCCGCGUGAACGUUUGGCUGCGGCCCUGGACUGAUCACCCGCCGAUUUACCGGGUCACUUGCGAUUACCAGGAUAGCACAUCGACGGAGUUGUACCACCACAUACAAGCCGAGCAAUUGUUUUCUAGCUUCUUGACGACUUACAAGCCCGACUACGUGAAUGACCACGUGGAGAUGGCGAAGAGGUUUGACAUAUUUAAGGAUAAUAUUAAGAAGAUACACGAGCUGAACAUUUACGAGCUUGGUACGGCUACGUAUGCGGUGACUCGGUUCGCAGAUUUGACUCAAGAAGAGUUUCGUAGCAAGUACCUGGGUUUGAAGCCAAGUUUGCGGGACGCGAACCAGGUGCCGAUGCGGCAGGCCAAGAUCCCGAAGGUGCAUAUCCCGGAGGCGUUCGACUGGCGGACCUUCGGCGCCGUCACGCCGGUGAAGGAUCAAGGCGCCUGUGGCAGUUGUUGGGCGUNCUGGGCGUUCAGCGUUACAGGUAACAUUGAAGGCCAGUGGAAGAUACAAACUGGAGAGCUGGUCUCUCUGUCUGAGCAGGAGCUGGUGGACUGCGACAAGCUGGACCACGGCUGCAAUGGAGGCCUGCCCGAUAACGCGUACAGAGCCAUCGAACAGCUAGGUGGAUUGGAAACGGAGUCCGACUACCCUUACGAAGGCGAAGACGACAAGUGCUCGUACAACAAGACGCUUUCGCGCGUGUACAUAAACGGGGCCGUCAAUAUCUCCUCCAACGAGACCGAGAUGGCGCAGUGGCUUAUACACAACGGACCCAUAUCCAUUGGCAUCAACGCGAACGCCAUGCAGUUCUACCGGGCCGGCAUUUCUCAUCCUUGGAAACUACUCUGCAACCCCAAUAACAUAGACCAUGGGGUGCUCAUAGUGGGCUACGGCAUUAAAGAUUACCCCCUCUUCCACAAGCGGCUGCCAUAUUGGAUCGUGAAGAAUUCUUGGGGCUCGGGAUGGGGAGAAGAAGGAUACUACCGCGUGUACCGCGGCGACGGCACCUGCGGGGUUAACACGAUGGCCAGCAGCGCGGUGGUUAAGCCGCGAGAGGGUUAACACUGCGCGUGAAAUGUUGCCACCGUAUUUUGAACCGUAUUGUAAUAACUUGUAAGUUCAAAAUCAAUGUUCUUUUUCUCAUUACGUUAUUUUACUCACGAGUUAAUAGAUCUGAAAUUAAUAUGACGUAUUAGCAAUACAAUCAAUAAAAUACUGAUAAUAAUCCUGUAUUGUAUUAUUAUUCUGUACAAAAUGAUGACUUCGGACUUAAAUACAAAAUAAAGUAUCUUUAAUUCUUUGGUAAUGAAAAUAAAAAUGGCAAAACUUCAAAUAUUCCGAAUCACGCUCAUGACGUAUAUUCGUGCAUUUUUCCUACGUCAUUUGUUAUGAUAGCUGCACGAGUUAUUUACUUUGUGUGAUUAUUAAAAAUAGUGUACGGACUACAAUACACUUUGUUGCAAAUUCGAAAUUAUUACAACUACAAAAGAACUAUCAGCGUUUAGCUGUUGUGUGUACACAAGGUCAUGCCCAUAUUAUGUUUGACGUAAGAACAUGUAUAAGUAUAGGCGCCCCAAUGUUCGAUUCCUACUCAUAACAGUUGACCAUUGACAUGAAGUAAAUAGUUUAUGUUAACUCAAAUAGUGCCUUUUUGAGAUUUUUUAUAAAAUUCCAUUAGACAUUUAAUAUGAAAUUAAAUUGCGAUGAUAUAAAACUUAUUGAUAGGACUUUUAUGAUAUAUUAUUGUUAGUACAUUUUGGAUAAGAUUUUAGUACUUAAGUAAGACUAACAACGAUUUUAACGGCAAUAAAGUUCUUAUGUUAAUACUUAUGAGAAUCUUUAAUACUUUCUAGGCGUUUCUCCGCAAAGCACGGUAACUUCUCACAGAAGUUGUUAAACAAAGUCAUGUAACUAGAUUUUUGUGAUAUCAUCAUCAGUCUACCUCAGUCCAAAGCGGGAAUACGUCUCGUCCUUAAGGUCCGGAUUCCACCAAGGCGGAGCGGAGAAGUAUUUUGAAUAAGCGCUCCUGCACACGACGCCGCCGCCGCGCCGUCGCCGCGCCGCUACACUGUUCAUACGCGCCGCGCUGCCACCGCGCCGCCACCGUGCCAUAAAAGCAUAAUUUCGCCAGUGGCGCAGCUCGGUGCGUAUGAACAGUGUAGCACUAACACUUCUGUUCUCCGCUCCGCAUAGGCUGCGCCGCCGCGGCUGUCAAAUUCUAUAGAAAAAUUUUACGGCCCGACACUUCUCCGCUCGCUCUUCUCCGCUCCGUCUUGGUGGAAAUCGAGCCGAUCCUCAGCUAUUUUCUUCCUGUCUACCACCACUAACUUACGUUUAAUUUUUUAUAGCUCCAACUUGAUGGGUUAGAUUUAACAAUGCUCAAUCUUAACUCAUAUAUUCGAAUUUAUGAAAAUUAUAUUAUUUACUUACUCUUAUUAGAAGCUUCUGACGUAACACUAGCCUAGAUUCAGCGUACUUUGCCAUACGAUAUAACGGCGCGUGCCCUACCUUUAUUAGAAACAGCAAACUACACUAGGACCAUUUUGUACCAGGUCCUUAACUUUAAUUUUAUUUCUAAUACUCUUACUUCUAAUAAUUAAUAUUUGUAUGAGAUGGAACUCUGAAAUGUAUUUUUUCAUACCCUUUUAUAUUGUUUCUCAUAGAUUUUAAUCAAAUAACUCCACUAGUCUCAUGUGUACCUUAAUCAUUUACACUAAGUUCAUUCUGUGAUUUGGAUUUUUUCGUAUGAAAACUGCUCAUAAUAGCAUUUUAGACGUUAAGUGAACCAUUUUUGUAAUCCAUUGAUAUUGAUCAUCAUGUAAAUAAAUUACUAAAAAGCAUA